GCUCCGCGCCAUGGCCGCGGCAGGAGCGUCCCCGCCGGAGGCGGCGGAGGCAGCCGCGUCCUCGGCCGCCGCGGACGCUAUUGUUCCCCGGUGUUAGACGCUCUUUCGCUGCUCUUCAUCCUUAGCGAACAAUAGCGGGGGGAGCGUGGCCGUCCGUCCUCCUCGGGGAGGGAGGAGGUGCCGAGUGCGAAGGAAAAGCCCCGGCGAGCGUGCUGCGGCUCCGGACCCUGGAGCGGCUGCGGGAGGCAUGGGGCUGCCAGGCGGGCGCUCGGCGUCCGGGAGCCGCCGGGGCGUCCUGCAGCCUCCGCUGCCGCCUCCACCGCUGCUGCUGCUGCUGCUGCUCCUGCUGUGCCCCGGGCCCGGCCGGGCUGCGGCGCGGGGCGAAGCGGAGGCGCCCAGCCCCUAUCUGUGGAAGACCGGUCCCUGGGGCCGGUGCAUGGGAGACGACUGUGGCCCUGGAGGCGUGCAGACCAGGGCUGUGUGGUGCGCGCAUGCCGAGGGCUGGACCACCCUGCACACCAACUGCAAGCAGGUGGGGAGGCCCAGUAACCAGCAGAACUGUUUCAAAGUGUGCGACUGGCACAAGGAGCUGUAUGACUGGAGACUUGGGCCCUGGAAUCAGUGUCAGCCGGUGAUUUCAAAAAGCCUGGAGAGGCCUCUGGAGUGCACCAAGGGGGAAGAAGGCAUUCAGGUGAGGGAGAUCUCCUGCAUCCAGAAAGACAAAGACCUUCCUGCGGAGGACUCCAUCUGCGAGUACUUUGAGCCCAAACCCCUCCUGGAGCAAGCUUGCCUCAUUCCUUGCCAGCAGGACUGCAUCGUGUCGGAGUUUUCCCCGUGGUCUGAGUGCUCCAAGACCUGCGGCAGCGGGCUCCAGCACCGCACGCGACACGUGGUGGCACCUCCCCGGUUCGGAGGCUCCGGCUGCCCCAACCUGACCGAGUUCCAGGUGUGCCAGUCCGGGCCAUGCGAGGCCGAGGAGAGCCUGUACAGCCUGCAGGUGGCGCCCUGGAGCACGUGCUCCCUUCCGCACCUGAGGUCUGCACGACAAGCCAGGAGGCGGGGCAAGAACAAAGACAAGGACCGAGGCAAAGGAGUCAAGGACCCAGAGGCCCGGGAGCUUAUCAAGAAAAAGAGAAAUCGAAACAGGCAGAGCAGACAGGAGAACAAGUACUGGGACAUCCAGAUUGGAUAUCAGACCAGGGAGGUUAUGUGUGUUAAUAAGACUGGAAAAGUUGCCGAUUUGAGCUUUUGCCAGCAGGAGAAGCUGCCAAUGACUUUCCAGUCCUGUGUGAUCACCAAAGAGUGUCAGGUAUCAGAGUGGUCCGAAUGGAGCCCGUGCUCAAACACGUGCCACGGUGCGGCGCCCCCUACUGGCACGCGGGUAAGGACACGGACCAUCAGGCAGCUUCCCGUGAGCAGCGAAACCGAGUGCCCCGAACUUGAAGAAAAAGAAGCCUGUGUGCCCCAAAGAGAUGGAGUCGCCCUCUGUGCAGCGUAUGGCUGGAGAACUACAGAGUGGACAGAAUGCCGCGUAGACCCUUUGCUCAGUCAGCAAGACAAGAGACGAGGAAACCAGACUGCUCUCUGUGGGGGCGGCAUCCAGACCCGCGAAGUGUACUGUGUGCAGACAAAUGAUAAUAUCCUCUCCCACUUAAAUACACACAAGGACAAAGAAGCCUCAAAACCAGUGGACCCCAAAUUAUGCACUGGUCCUGUACCUAAUACUACACAGUUGUGCCAAAUUGCCUGUCCGAUUGAAUGUGAGGUUUCACCUUGGUCAGCAUGGGGACCUUGUACUUACGAAAAUUGCAAUGACCAGCAGGGCAAAAAAGGCUUCAAACUGAGGAAGCGUCGAAUUACCAAUGAGCCCACUGGGGGCUCUGGAGGGACAGGAAACUGCCCUCACUUACUGGAAGCCAUUCCCUGUGAAGAGCCGUCCUGCUAUGACUGGAAGGCAGUGAGGCUUGGGGACUGCGAACCUGAUAAUGGAAAGGAGUGUGGUCCAGGCACACAGGUCCAAGAGGCUGUGUGCAUCAACAGUGAUGGAAAGGAAGUGGAAAGACAGCUAUGCAGAGAUGCCAUCCUGCCCAUCCCUGUGGCCUGUGAUGUCCCGUGCCCGAAGGACUGUGUGCUCAGUGCAUGGUCCAGCUGGUCCUCCUGCUCUCAUACCUGCUCGGGAAAAACUACAGAAGGGAAGCAGAUACGAGCACGGUCCAUUCUGGCCUACGCCGGUGAAGAAGGUGGAAUUCGCUGUCCAAACAUCAGUGCUUUGCAAGAGACACGCAGCUGCAGUGAGCAUCCCUGUACUGUGUACCACUGGCAAACUGGUCCCUGGGGCCAGUGCAUAGAGGACACUUCAGUGUCAUCUUUCAACACAACUACGGCUUGGAAUGGGGAGGCCUCGUGCUCCGUUGGCAUGCAGACAAGAAAAGUCAUCUGCGUGCGAGUCAAUGUGGGCCAAGUGGGACCCAAAAAGUGUCCUGAAAGCCUUCGGCCUGAAACUGUGAGGCCUUGUUUGCUUCCUUGCAGAAAAGACUGCAUUGUGACCCCCUACAGUGACUGGACACCAUGCCCCUCUUCAUGCAAAGAAGGGCGCUCCAGAGUCAUGAAGCAGUCUCGACAUCGAGUCAUCCUUCAGGUGCCAGCCAAUGGAGGCCGAGACUGCACGGAUCCCCUCUAUGAAGAGAAGGCUUGCGAGUCCCCUCAAGUUUGUCAAAGCUACAGGUGGAAGACUCAUAAGUGGCGAAGGUGCCAGUUGGUUCCUUGGAGCGUACAGCAGGACAUCCCCGGAGCACAGGAAGGCUGUGGGCCUGGGAGACAGGCAAGAGCCAUUACUUGUCGAAAGCAAGAUGGAGGACAGGCUGCUAUCCAUGAAUGCCUCCAGUACGCAGGCCCUGUGCCAGCCCUCACUCAGGCUUGCCAGGUCCCCUGCCAAGACGACUGUCAAUUUACCAGCUGGUCCAAGUUUUCUUCAUGCAACGGAGACUGUGGCGCAGUUAGGACCAGAAAGCGCACUAUUGUUGGAAAAAGUAAAAAGAAGGAAAAGUGUAAAAAUUCACAUUUGUACCCCCUCAUUGAGACCCAGUAUUGUCCUUGUGACAAAUACAAUGCCCAGCCCGUGGGCAACUGGUCAGACUGUAUUUUACCAGAGGGGAAGGUGGAAGUUUUACUGGGAAUGAAAGUACAAGGAGACAUUAAGGAAUGUGGCCAAGGAUAUCGUUACCAAGCAAUGGCAUGCUAUGAUCAAAACGGCAGGCUCGUGGAAACGUCCAGAUGUAACAGCCAUGGUUACAUUGAAGAGGCCUGCAUCAUCCCCUGCCCCUCGGACUGCAAGCUCAGCGAGUGGUCCAACUGGUCCCGCUGCAGCAAGUCCUGCGGCAGCGGUGUGAAGGUGCGAUCUAAAUGGCUGCGUGAAAAACCCUAUAAUGGAGGAAGGCCCUGCCCCAAACUGGACCAUGUUAAUCAGGUGUAUGAAGUCGUUCCAUGCCAUAGUGACUGCAACCAAUACGUAUGGGUCACAGAGCCAUGGAGUGUUUGCAAGGUGACCUUCGUGAAUAUGCGGGAUAACUGUGGAGAAGGCGUGCAGACCCGAAAAGUGAGAUGCAUGCAGAAUACAGCAGAUGGCCCUUCUGAACUUGUGGAAGAUUACCUCUGUGACCCAGAGGAGAUGCCUCUGGGCUCUCGAGAGUGCAAAUUACCUUGCCCUGAGGACUGUGUAAUAUCUGAAUGGGGCCCGUGGACCCGGUGUGCUUUGCCUUGCAAUCAAAGCAGUUUCCGGCAAAGGUCUGCCAAUCCCAUCAGACAACCUGCUGAUGAAGGAAGAGCCUGCCCUGACGCUAUCGAAAAGGAACCCUGUAACCUGAACAAAAACUGCUACCACUAUGAUUAUAAUGUGACAGACUGGAGUACGUGUCAGCUGAGUGAGAAGGCAGUUUGCGGAAAUGGCAUUAAAACGAGGAUGUUGGACUGUGUCCGAAGUGAUGGCAAAUCAGUGGACCUCAAAUAUUGUGAAGAGCUUGGCCGUGAGAAGCACUGGCAGAUGAACAUGUCCUGCGUGGUGGAAUGCCCUGUGAAUUGCCAGCUGUCUGACUGGUCUCCUUGGUCAGAAUGUUCUCAAACAUGUGGCCUUACAGGAAAAAUGAUCCGAAGACGAACAGUGACCCAGCCCUUUCAAGGGGAUGGAAGACCAUGUCCUUCCCUGAUGGAACAGUCCAAGCCCUGCCCAGUGAAGCCCUGUUAUCGAUGGCAGUAUGGCCAGUGGUCUGCAUGCCAAGUGCAGGAUGCCCAGUGUGGAGGAGGAACCAGAACAAGGAACAUUUCCUGUGUAGUCAGCGAUGGCUCAACUGAUGAUUUCAGCAAAGUGGUGGAUGAGGAAUUCUGCGCUGACAUUGAACCCAUUGUAGAUGGUAAUAAAAAAAUGAUUCUGGAGGAAACCUGCACCCAACCUUGCCCAGGUGACUGUUACUUGGAGAACUGGUCUUCGUGGAGCCUGUGUCAGCUGACCUGUGUGAAUGGUGAGGAUCUUGGCUUUGGCGGAAUACAGGUCCGAUCUAGAGCAGUGAUUAUACAAGAACUAGAGAAUCAACAUCUGUGCCCAGAGCAGAUGUUAGAAACAAGGUCGUGUGAUGAUGGACAGUGCUAUGAGUAUAAGUGGAUGGCGAGUGCUUGGAAGGGCUCCUCCCGGACAGUCUGGUGUCAAAGGUCAGACGGUACAAACGUAACAGGGGGCUGCCUGGUGCUGAGCCAGCCUGAUGCUGAUAGGUCUUGUAACCCUCCAUGUACUCAACCUCAUUCGUUCUGUAGCGAGACAAGGACUUGCCACUGCGAAGAAGGAUACACUGAAGUCAUGUCUUCCAACAGCACACUUGAGCAGUGCACACUUAUCCCCGUGGUGGUGAUACCCACAGUGGAAGACAAGAGGGGAGACGUGAAAACCAGCCGUGCGGUUCAUCCAACCCAGCCCUCCAUUAAUCCAGCAGGCCGGGCUAGAAGCUGGUUUCUGCAGCCAUUUGGGCCAGAUGGGAGACUAAAGACCUGGGUUUAUGGUGUCGCAGCUGGGGCAUUUGUGUUACUCAUCUUUAUUGUCUCCAUGAUUUAUCUAGCAUGCAAAAAGCCAAAGAAACCCCAAAGAAGGCAAAACAACCGACUGAAACCUUUAACUUUAGCUUAUGAUGGAGACGCAGACAUGUAACACAUACCUUUUCCUGACAACAACAAAUUUUGGCUUUCUGACUCUAUAGUAGAAAACCAGAGGCCACAAUGACAGUGUCCAAACUAUGGAUUAUAAUUCAUUUUAACUGUUUAGAAGAGCAUCAUAAAGAAAAGAGUGGAAAUUCCAUUGCCACUGGAAACCUUCAAGAGAGUACCACUUACACAUAGACCAUCCACCCUAAGAAUUCUGGGAGAUUUAGUUGAAUACAUGCUGCAUUUUGAGAAUUUUGUGUCAUCUUUCUUGAAAUCUACCAAUUGAGAAACCACUUUUAUCUCUAAAAACUAGUGGUGAAAUUGGCCAGAUUGGGGAUGCCUGAUGCAAGACUAUUUGCAGUGUUUAAAUCCACAGAACUGUCUAGCAUGAAGAGUUUAUACCAUGACCUCUACAGUACUAUAGUCCAACAUAACACAUGUAUACUCAACUGAAUGAUAUUUAUUAUAAUGUCUUAUUAUGUACUUGAUAACAAGCAACUUUAACAGUGAAGAGGUCAGCUCCAAGCUGAGCAGAAACCCCAUGGAAUAAAGUCAGCAUCUUUAUGGCUUAUGGUAGCAUUUAUGACUUGCAUUUCAGAGACGAAAGUCCUUUCUAAGACUUCAUUCCUGUCUCUCCACAAUGUACAAAUGCUGGACCUGUACUAGUAUCUUAGAAAAAGUCCAAAUUUCCAUAUUUUGUAGUGGUUAUUGUCUGGAAAACUGAUUUGCUUGUGUUGCUAUAAUAUAUUUCUACUUUCCCUCAUUUUCAAACUGGUUGCCUGCAUCUUUUUUGCUAUAUAGAAGGCACAAUUUUGCACUAUAUUAGUGCAACAUGAUGGACACUUACCCAGUAUUGCCAUAGAAACUGCCUCUUUUCAUAUGGUAUGAAGACAUCUGUGCCAAGAGUGUCCUGGAGACAUUUGAAAAUUUCUUGUACCCUGGAGAGAGUUAAGUCCAGUUUGGAUGGCACCAGCGUGGAAUCGGCUAUUACACCUGCUGUAAGCACUCUUCCUCCUCACUAAAGCCAGUGCAAACUAGCAACAUGGUUCUAACUCAAGGGUUGAGGUCCCCAGACCAUGAACCCUCAGAAAGUGGAUCCUUCUAGUUGGUUUGUAAUUGUUCUUUGAAGGCUGUUUAUGACAAGAUUUUUAUAUUUAUCUUUGUUAAAAAAAAAAAAAAGAAAAGAAAAGAAAAAAAGGUACUGGUUGUCUUUUUAAUGCCAAGCAGAUGGAAAAAUAAUGUAUCAAUGAUUUUUGUAACUAAAAGAAGUCAAAAUGAUGUGUUCAUCCUUCUUUCUUCCUGAUUUGCUUUCUGAGUUUCAGAUUCAAAGUGUCCUACAGUCACUAUUUCUAAGUCCCAUAGUCUUUUGUCUUUCUCACUAGUUAAAUGUGAAGUAGUCUUUUAAAGAUGUGAUUUCAAAAACUAAAAUUUGAGAAAGGUAAGAAUAAGUAUCUUGUCUGGGGCUUAAGUAUCUACACCAACGGUGGCAAAUAUUUUCUCUUAAGAAUUAAAUAGUAAAGAUUUCCAGCUUGGUCUACAUAACAAUUUCUUGACUCUUUCAUGCAUAGAUGAUACCUAGUAAGAAAAAGAAUGAACAUGACUGCUUUUCAGUUAAAUUUGCCUUACAAAAACCAGCAGGCAGGCCUCAUUUUCUACGCUGGAUUUCUGACCCCUUGCUAUAGAUCUUCCUUGUGUCAUCUUUGGUUUUCAUUCACUUACCAUCUGUCUGUCCUCAGAGCUCAAUUUCAAAGAAGAAAAUUCAAUCACUAAAUUUACCAUUGCAUUGAAAGUUGCUAUAUUUUCCACAGAAGUCACCCAGAGACUAUUAGAAUAAAGCAGUAGAAACAGUAACUGAUUUAGCAGACUUCUUUCUUAUGAAAAGAGGGUUUGAAAGGUCAUUAAAAAGCAAUGUUAUUUUAGGGCAACAAUACAACAGUGUUUGGGAGAGCAAGAAGGUGAGGUUUUAAGGUCUUUUAAAAGUAGCAACAAAUUUUAUUAUCUUAAACUUGACUGUGUUUUUGUGAAAAUUUUUGGAUUAUGUUUUUACCUUCACACAGUACACAGUGAAUUUUGAACUCCUCCAGCUGUGGAUUAGGAUAUUUGCAUCAGGAUGUCAUUGUCCCUAAAAAUAAAAAUAUUUCUACCUAUUUCAAUAAGAAAUAAAUAUUCAUCCUUAAUCCAUGUUCAAUAUAUUAUAUAAUGAAAAUCAUUUCAAAGAUAACAAAUAGAAAGAUAAGAAUUUCAUUAUAAGAUGAGGAAUUAAUCAAGGAAAAACAAAUUCCAUUUCACCUCUUUUAUUGAAAAGGAAGAAAAAUAUUAUUAUUAUUCUAAAACUUAAUUAUCAAUAUGUGUACUCAGGGGCCUUCCAUAUAAUUCUCAAGUUGAUCUCAUUGAAUAAAAUAAACUUCAUUUGUUCAAAAUGGCUAAAAAUCUAUUGCAAUUACUUGAAAAAUUAUCUUAUGAAUUGUGUAUAACACCUAGCUAUUUGUAAUGUACUCUAGAAUAAAACAUUAUUCCAAUUAAAUCUGCGCUUAAAAUAUUGAAAAUCCCAUUGAUUCAGAAGACAAAUCACUAUUAUCUGACUUACAUUGUACAAAUUAAAUGAACUUAGAAAUGGAAACUAUAAAGUAUUAUUAAAAUAUCAUCUUGUAGCACUCUAUACAUAUGGAGAGGUUAGAGUCAAUGCAUCUUAACACUGCAAACCUAUUGGAGGCUCAUUUUUAGAAUAAAUCCAUACUUGAUGUCUUCUUGUUAUAAACAUGGGAAGAAGGCAGUGCAGCUAUUUGCCUAGUUUGGAUGAAUGGGAGGUUACUAUGCUCUUGUUUAUAAGAAAGACCUUAUUUUUGUUCCUAGCAAGAGUCCAUCAUAGUUUAAAUACUUUACUAGAAUUUCAACAAAACCUGACUUUUCCUGCUCAUUCCACAAACUCAGGACAGGAACAUAGUAGUAACUUGUCUAUUCACAUUUUGCCUUACCAAAAUUAUCUGUGAGCUCAAAAAGAUUUAGAAAUAUUGGUCUAUAAGUAUGAAGGUCUGCUUAGUUAAAAAGAAAAGAAAAGAAAAAUAUUGGCACAGUGUUGCAUGAUUUUGCUGGACUGUUUCAUUUGGAACCACAUACAAGUGACAUAACUGAUCUCUCUUCAAAGGGAGUGAUUUGCUUAUUUAUCAAUACCUAAUCGAAUACAUUAACCAUAAUUCUUUUUCAGUAUCUUUUUGAGGACCCUACAGUGUAAAAAGAAAGGAGUACAUAAAAGCAUGUCUUCGCUAAUAAUUAAGCACAAAUUACUUACAACAAAUCUUCAUGCAAUUAUCAUAUGUAAGACACUCUACUAGGUACUAUAAAAAUUAGUAAUGGCUUUUGUAUAAAUAGAUGCUUAAGACAUUCAAAAUAAGAAAAAAGCUUAAAGAGUGAUAAUAGGACUUAAAUGCAUUGCCUUUUACUCUAGAUUUGUUUGUAAGUGUGGUUAGUAUUUUUCCACAUGAAUGUCCUGAGCCAGGCUAUGAGAAUUUUGGUAUUUUUCCUAUUCCUCCCCUUAGAGAGCUGGGAGGAGCCAUUGCAAUGUAAUCAAAACUCUGUUAAAUUCAUGGGUAUUUCAAGAGAAAGUCACUCCUUCUUGUGGGGAGCAAGUAGUACCUCCCACAUAUUUAUUUACCUCCUUCAAAUAAUUGUAUUCAUGUUCCUCUAAUGCUGAUUUUCUCUGCCUGGGUUCUCUCCACCCUACUGUCUUUAGCAAUGGCUACUCUUGUCUAUGUCCCUCAGAAUCACCUGCCACUAAACUCAAAUUUGAAUUUAAAAACAUAGAGAAUAUUUACAUUGCCUUCCUAUAGGAAUUAAAGUGUCAGAGUAUGAACAUCUUGAUUUGAGCAGAAUGGACUGGUCAAAGAAAUUAUUAGAGGGGAAAGGAAACAUGUGGAAGGCACUUCAAAACAAAUGAACAAAUUUUUUCUAUAAAAACAUCAUUGCCUACACUUACUACUCAGUCUCUUUUUAUUCUUUCUACAACCAUCUCAGAUCCUUUUUCCCACUUUGCAAGAUGGUGAAGAAGGCCUGUACCUUUCAAUAGUGUACAGAAAGGAAAGCCUCUGCCUUGCUAGAUUUGAGAUCUCAACAGAAUCCUGUGUUCAAGUGAUCUGAGAUGUCCCUAUUUGUAAAAGUAUUGCCAAAUCCAAAUGUCCUAUUUUCUCUCUAAGGUUGAGGGUGUAGGAACGACAAUUUCUUUACAGAUUUGUAAGGAAUCUUGCAGAGCAUGAUCUUCGUGGGUCCAUUUGAGAAGUGAGAACCACACCUGCCUGUUUUGUUAACAGCAGCGCCAGCUGAGCCCACGCACAGAGGGCCUUGCUUGCAGUCAGGACUGCAGCAUUGGGAACUCCAAUGUGGGCCUCGUGCACGGUUUUUCUUUUAAGAAAGGGCUGUUGUGAUGUGGAAUGAUAAAUUUAUACCUAGAAGGUACCUGAAAAAUGAUUAUGCCUACAUUAGUCAAUGAAUUAAACAAAUGCCGAAUGAACAGGGUUCAUUUUGGGAGAGUUUUGUUUUGUUUAUUGUCUUUGUGCUUCUAUCAAGCCAGACCAUGAGCCAAGCAGUAUAUGAAGAGUUUUAGUUCGUGACAGUCAUGUUUCCAGUGAUCAAAAAUCUUUAUUCUAUAGAAUAUUACUGUUUUAUUAUUGUCAGUUUUGUUUUUUGUGUUAUGGAGUGUUUUGGUUUUUUUUUUUUUUUUUGUAAGUAAUAAUUUCUAGAAUGCUUACUUUAAGCGUCAAUAAGCUUUUUCUAGUUGUUCUUCAGGGAUCUAUUUGUGUUCAUUUUUAGAAAGUAAUUAUUUAGAUUCCCUUUCUGGUACUUUUUCCUGAUUGUUUUUAUCAGAGAUUUGAAGAGAUCAGUAUCUGUCACUGUAAAAUAUAAAUUUAUCAAAUUUCCAGCCUCUCAUACUAUGAAUCAUAAUCUCUUAAAUGUGUAUUUUUUGUUAAUUUAACUACCUGAGUAUUUAUUUCAUUUAAAUAAGGAGGCAGCUGUCUAUGAAUUUUUUGUUAAUAUUAAUUUGUAAAUUGUAUAAUGUAAUUUAUUUUGAAUUAUGUACAUUUCUUUUUAAUGCACAAAAUGUCUAUUACAAUUAAGUACAGAUUUGCAAAUAAUUUCAGUAAGCUUUUCACUUAUGUGGCAUGUGAAGAUGUAAUAUGCUUUUUUACAUUUUCAUAUGGAUUAUUUGUAAAUAACUAUAUUGCUGACAAACAUAAACAUGGAAGUCAUUUUCAUUCUAA